AUAAAAAUGAACAGAUGGAUUAUCCAAUGGUGAAAAGGAGAGCCGGCCCACCCCUGCCAGGAUGCCGCAAUCAGAGCAGAGAGGGGCGGGCUCCAGACACAACAAACCCGGCACCGUUACUGGGAAGUGUGGAGUCCGCUGCCACCGGGGCUGGAUGUCGAUAUCACAAUGACCGAGCCUCUGAAAUAAACCAUUCAAAGUUCCCUGCUCCGGAGUAAAAGUAGUAGCAAUUUGAGCAAAGUUGAAAGCGCUUUGAAGAAGGUCGGAGCAUACUUCCAAAGGGUUUUUGUUUUACUGUCGAGGAAACUUUGGAACAAGUUUGAAAAAUUUGCAACAAAUUUGAAACUUUUAAAAAAAAAUUGUCGAGAAAAAGUUAAAAAGUGACCUUUCGGACAAAGAUUGUGAACUUUUCAGGAAAGUUUGCAACAAAUUUGGAAAGUUUCUUUUUGAUGUCGAGAAAAUGUUAAAGUGACCAUUCCGAUAAAGUUAGUGAACUUUUGGGGCAAGUCUGCAUCAAGUUAGCCGCGGCUAUGGCCGUGUACACUCUGACCGGCUUCUCGCUGGUGAGUCUGCUGUCGUUUGGCUACAUGUCUUGGGAUUGGAUGAAGGCCGAUUCAAGCGGCGAGGGCGAGGCGGCGGUGGCCGGAGCCGCGGACAAACCACACAUCCUCUUCAUCUUGGCUGAUGACCAGGGCUACCACGACAUCGGCUACCACCGCUCGGAGAUCCGCACCCCGGUCUUGGACAGCUUGGCCGCCCAAGGGGUCAAACUGGAGAAUUACUACAUCCAGCCCAUCUGCACGCCCUCCAGGAGCCAGCUGAUAACGGGAAGGUACCAGAUCCACACGGGCCUGCAACACUCCAUCAUCCGGCCACGACAACCUAACUGCCUCCCCCUGGGCCAGGUGACCCUGCCGCAGAAGCUACAGGAGGUGGGCUACUCCACCCACAUGGUGGGCAAGUGGCACCUGGGCUUCUACAAGAAGGACUGCCUGCCCACCCGGCGGGGCUUUGACACUUUCUUCGGCACCCUAACGGGCAGCACGGACUAUUACACCUACGACAACUGCGAUGGGCCGGGGGUGUGUGGGUUUGACCUCCACGACGGGGAGAAUGUGGCGUGGGAACACAGCGGGAAGUACUCCACCCAACUCUACGCCCAGAAGGUCACAAAGAUCUUGGCAUCCCACAGCCCCAAGGAGCCACUCUUCAUCUACUUGGCCUUUCAGGCGGUCCACACCCCGCUACAGUCGCCCAAGAAGUACAUCUACCAAUACAGGUCGCUGGGCAACGUGGCGCGGCGCAAAUACGCGGCGAUGGUGACCUGCAUGGACGAAGCCAUCGGCAACAUCACCGCCGCCCUCAAGAGGUACGGCUACUACCAGAACACCGUGAUGAUCUACUCAACGGACAAUGGCGCCCAACCCUUUUCCGGUGGCAGCAACUGGCCCCUGAGGGGGCGCAAGGGGACCUACUGGGAAGGGGGUAUCAGGGGGAUUGGGUUUGUCCACAGCCCCCUGAUCAGGAAGAAGGGGCGUGUGAGCAGGGCUUUGAUCCACAUCACGGACUGGUACCCCACCCUGGUCUCGCUGGCUGGAGGCAACUUGACCGUCACCCCUCCGCUGGAUGGCUACAACAUUUGGCAGACCAUCAGCAGGGGGAAGAGGUCUCCACGCAAGGAGAUCUUGCACAACAUCGACCCCUUGCACAGCCUGGCCAAGUCCGGAUCCUUGGAGGAAGGUCUGGGCAUCUGGAACACGGGCGUCCAAGCGGCUAUCCGGACGGGCGACUGGAAGCUAUUGACCGGAGACCCCGGAUACAGUGACUGGAUCCCACCCCAGACCCUCCCCAGCCUUCCGGGGAUCUGGUGGAACUUGGAACGGCAGAGGUCGGGCAGCCACAGGACGGUGUGGCUCUUCAACAUCACGGCCGACCCCUACGAGAGGGUGGAGGUGUCCGCCGAGCACCCGGCGGUGGUCAGAAGGUUGUUGACCAGGCUGGCUCAUUAUGAGAGGACCUCCCUCCCCGUGCGUUACCCAGCCGAUGACCCCCGGGCAAACCCGGAGCUCCACGGGGGAGCCUGGAUGCCCUGGGCCAGCGAGGAUGAGGUGGUGGAGGGAACGGUGAGGAAGAAGAGCAAGAAGAAGACUUGCAAGAUCUGCAAGCUCAAGUCCUUCUUCAAGAAGCUCAACACCAGGAUAAUGUCCAACCGCAUCUAGGUGGCUUGUGAACCAGGCCCCAAGGCUGGGAGAUACCUGGAUCCAAGGUGGACCUUUUGGGGGUGUGGGAGUGUGGUGAACAUGAAGGGUAGGGACUUCCCUCCUUCCGGCUCCUACCCUUUCCUCUCCGUUCCUCCCUCUGCCUCUUCUCUCCCUCGAGCCCCAGAAUCACGACGAAGGAUUGCAAUACGAGGGCACUUUGUAUGGGUGGAGCGUUCAACCUGUGGCUGAUGCGGUGGCAAAGCAGGUAGUUCCACUGCCUCAUAGGUCCAUAUACCACCGAUUCAAACCCAAGUGUGCGUAUGUGUGUGUGUGUCUGUUUGUGUGGAGUUUGCACGUUCUCCUUAUGACCGCAUGGGUUUCCUCCAUGUGCUCCGGUUUCUUCCCACGUCCCAAAGACUUGCGGGUUUGGAAGCUAAUCGGACCUCUGCAAUUUGCCUCUAGUUUGUGGGGAGUGGAUGAGAAAGUGGGAUAACAUAGAACUAGUGUGAAUGAGUGAUCGAUGGUCAGCAUUGACCCUGUGGGCCAAAGGGCCUGUUUCCAUGCUGUAUCUUUCGAUCAAUCAAUCAAUCCCUCUGAAUUUUCCCAUCCACAUAUCUGUCCAAACAUCUUUUAAAGAUCGAUCCUGACUACGGGUCCUGUCUGUAUGGUGUUUGUACGUUCUCCCUGUGAGCACGUGAAUUUUCUCCGGGUAAUCCGAUUUCUUCCCUUACUCCAAAGACGUGCAGGUUUGUAGUUAAUUGGCUUUUUUAAAUUGGAAAUUGUUCCUAGUGUGUAGGAUAGUACUAAUGUAGGGGGUGAUCACUGGCCUGCAAGGACUUAGUGGGCCGAAGGGCCUUUCCACGCUAUAUCUCUAAAGUCUAAAGGUAUUCCUCAAUUUUAAAAUGAUUUCCCCAUCUCAACAUUGCCAAGGUUGCUUGAGUUAUAGGGAGAGGUUGAACAAGCUGUGAUUUAUUUUUUUGUGUGUAGGAGGGAACUGCAGAUGCUGAUUUAAAUUGAAGAUGGACACAAAAUGCUGGAGGAACUCAGCGGGAUAGGUAGCAUCUCUGGAGAGAAUGAAUGGGUGACGUUUCGGAUCGGGACCAGUCUGAAGAAGUGUCCCUACCCAAAACGUCACCCAUUCCUUCUUUCUAGAGAUGCUGCCUGUCUCCCUGAGUUACUCCAGCAAUUUGCCUCUAUCUGGGAAUUUGUUAUUAUUGUCUAAUCAAAGAUGGGAUCAGAGGAACAAGGAACUGCAAAUGCUGGUUUACAAGAAAAAGGACACAAAGGGCUGGAGUAACUCAGCGGGUCAGGCAGCAUCACUGGAGAAUAAGGAUGGGUGAUGAAUCUGGUCGUGACCCUUCUACAGAUUGCUUCAGCCGUUAUUCGUGAUGUUGAGUUGCAAGUGUUACAAUGACACUGGCAAGUGUGGGGAAUUUUUUACAUACACAGAGGGUGGUGGGUGCCUGGAACGCGUGUUAUGACCCUUCUUCAAAUUGAUGUAGGAGGGCAAUUGAUAGGUGGAUACAGGUGAGGGGGAAGUUUCAAGAUGAAACUUCAUUAUACCAAAAGCUUUAGAUAUUGAUGGAAAGGCCAACAUCUCUAAGAGUCUUGACUAUUUUGGAUUAAAUUGAAUAUCUGUGCCAAUUAUUUUUUAUACUGUUUAUUUAAUAUUGUCGUGACUGUGUUCAACCGGUCGUGAAAUAAACUGAAACAUUACGAA